AUGGAAGGUGCCAAUACAAAACGCAAGUCAAAUUUAACUGACGACCAACGAAAAUGCUUGUACCUUGAGCUGCUCAAGAGGAGCACUGACGGCAAGGUAUCCCGCGCAAUAAUGAACGAUGUGUGCGCAAUGUUCAAUGUCCACCAGUCCACUGGAUGGCGCAUAUUCCAACGUGGCAAUGAACGGCCUCCAGGAGGCGGUCCACCAGACGUCAACGCCAGGCUGAAGGGCAACAACGGCCGACGGCGGCAGUACACUGUGAAAGAAAUCGAGGAACGGAUCAAAGCGGUCCCACUGCACCUUCGACAGACAUAUCGUGCACUGUCGUCGGCAACCGGGCUCUCCAAGAACCUGCUAUGGCGCUACAUACAGAGCAAGUGGAUUUCGCGUCGCUCAAGUUGGACUCGUCCUGCCGUAACCCCUGAGCACAAGGCAGCACGUUUGGCAUUUUGUCAAUCACAGUACGACAACGAGGGUAACAUCAAUGAAAUGUAUUCUAUGGUUCACAUUGACGAGAAAUGGUUUUACAUGACCAAACUAUGCCGCAAGUUCUAUUUGUGGUGCGAUGAAGAGGUGCCCCCGCGUCCACUCCAGUCCAAAGCCCAUAUCACGAAGGUGAUGUUUCUUGUUGCCGUUGCUCGGCCGCGCUGUGGUUGGGAUGGCAAAAUUGGCUGCUGGGCCCUCGUCGAAGAAAGCAAGGCCCUACGAAGCAGUGUCAACCGGCCUGCUGGUGCACGUGUGAUCAAAACCCUGACAGUCACGCGCGAAAUCUACCGGGAAUACCUUAUCAAGAGCGUGAUUCCGGCGAUCAAGGAGAAAUGGGUUUGGCCGGCCGGAGUCCAAGUGGGCGAAAUCGUCAUCCAACAGGACAACGCUCGUCCCCAUGUGCUUGAGAACGAUGUCGCUGUCAUUCGAGCCGGACAGAGUGGUGGGUGGUCGAUUGUAGUGCGCAACCAGCCAGCGAAGAGCCCAGAUCUAAAUGUCCUUGAUCUGGGCUUUUUCAACUCAAUUCAAGCGCUGCAACAACAAAUGGUUUGCUCGAGUAUCGAGUCCCUGAUUUCUGCUGUGAAAACCGCAUUUGCGGAGCUACCUGGAUCUACUCUCGAAAGCACGUUUGGAACGCUACAGCGUGUUAUUGCUGCAAUUGUGGAUGCAGCUGGCGACAACCGUUACAAGGUCCCGCGCAGUUUGAAUUUUCAAGCUGAUAUUUUGGCGCUGGACAUGAUGAACUUGCGGCUGGAAGAAGAAGAUCGGUUGGAAGAACUGACGCAGAUGAUGGAUGCUUUGGUUGUCGACGUUGAAUAG